AAUGCAUAUUUAUAUUUGAUUCACUGAUCUUAUGUAAACAUAAGUUGUAACGCUGUUAUUUAUUUAUUUUCAGACUAAUACUGAUAUUUACAGUAUGAGGUUAUUUUUAUAUAUUUAUUUACUACUUGAAUAAAAUGUAUACACUUUAUUUAUCUUAUUUCUACCCAAAAUGUACAAAACAAAACACUCGAUAUGAAAAGUAAUUCUGAAGUCUCUGCAACACUUGUUAGUGAAUGUAGUCCUCUUGAAUGCUUGUACUAUAUUCUUUGAAAUGCUUAAAUACUUUCAUAUGCACUCUUUUAGAAAUGUAUAUAUUUGCAUAUGAUUUAUAAGUUCAACAUCCUUCCAGACAAUGUCAUUAGAGUUAGCCAUCAGUCAUUAGUCUUAGUAGACUAUCUGCUAACACUUUAUUUGGAUGCUCCCUCAACAGACAUUCUACUGACUAUACAGGAAUUUUGCAAGUACAUGCCAACUUAUUCUACUGACCUAAUCUAACAGUCUGCUAAUACUCUAAUGACCGCUAGUUGACAUGUAGUUGCAAAGUCACAGUUGGAAGAAUGUCUAAAGUGGACUAGUGAAAUAAAGAUGUGUUUUAGUGUAACUGACAUACUGUGAAGCUGUUUUACAUAGGAUUGAUGAGUAGUUUCCAUUAGUACAGUAUUUAAUUCAUCGCCACAUGGUUGUUCAUUAUAUAAAAUAGCUAUAUAAGUGUGUGUAUAUGAAUAUAUAUGACAGGCUAAAAUGACUCUGGCACUGCUAUCCUCCUCUAAUUUGAGGUCAGCAUGUUCACGAUCUGCCCCACACUCAGUUUGUUGCUCUGUUUAUUUCCGAUGCGAUGAGACGGCCGACAGUCGGCUCCCGGAGGCUUAAACAGACCUAUACAAAGACAGGCCGUCUCCACAGGCCCCAGCCACGGCGUCUGGGUGAAGCGGCACCUCGGCGGGCCCCAGACGGACAUGGCAAACCCGUCCAUGACGACCCGUGCCGCUGAUGAUAUGCAGAUUCCAGUGCGAUUUGUGAGCUGAAGGAUGUUCCUGGAAACAGAAAUGAUUGGAUCGUCCUGCAGGAAAUGUCUCUGGGAUGCUGGACGAACUUCACCAGCCAGGAUGGGAAAGAAGUCCACAUCCUCAAGCUGCUGUCCUCACCUGGAAAACAGGUAAUGUCAGAACUCUUCUUAACUGCGGCAAGCCCAUCGGCGGUGAUCAUCACCUCUAGCAGCACACAAAACAUCCUGCUUCAUGAAAAUCCCGCAGUGAACAUCUACGUGACAAACGGGACUUCAAUAAGGUUUUUCGUACCAACUGGAGGAAGUCCACAACCACAAAUUGCUCCAUUCGCAGACAGCGAUUCUGAAGUUCUGAAAUGGGCAGCAGAGACGUUUGGUGGAGUGACGUCCUUCACCACAGCACGAGAUCCCAUGAAAAUCACUUUCACUGGGAUGAAGGGUGCACAGCGACCAUCAACGUGUGCCCUGCAGCCGGAAACACCAGUAGAUAAACAGGUCAUUGAUCUGAAGCUGACACGUUCAUCUGAUGAGCUCAAAUCAUGUUACACAAAGCAUUCUGAGGAACCACUGCACGUGAUCAAUAUUCCUGAUGAUGUCAAAAUACGGAAUGUUUCUUUGCAUUUACCAUCCAAGUCUAAAGUGAUCCUGAGAGGUCCAGCAGGCACUGAGUGGACCAUCAACGACCCUAAAGAUGUCCAGUUAAUAUCAAACAAUCGUAUAGUCUUAAAUGGGUUCGCUUUGGAUAAGAACAGGAUGAUCUCUGAUGACCCUAGAGAAAUCAGGCAGAAUGUGUUGUUAUACUACAACAGCACCUCCAUCACUAGCUACUCUGAGAUCCAUCUGAACGUGCCACACAUCCAGCUGUGGAUCAGGGACAGCAUGAGCUCCUCAGUAUCAGCAGAAGUGGAGCACACCACACCAGCACCCAGUUCUUCUUCGGUUCCUCUUCAGAUGGAGCUGUUCUCAUCUCCAGACUACAGGUUGCCUCUGGAUCCCAGCAGCAAAGUUCAGAGUGACAAGAGGGUCUAUGCGGAGAUCUCAAGUGAGAGCUACGGAGAUAUUUCCUUAAGCAUUAAGGUCAGCAGCUGUUGGGUUCGCUCCAUGCCAGUGGUGAGGAAAAUGCCGUUCAAAGAGGAGGCAUGCUACACUGAGGACUGUCCUAAGAGACUCAGCUUCUCCUUCGAGAUGCUUCAGGACCUGCCGUCCAGCUCGUGGGACCUCGAAUGUGCAGUUAAACUUUGUCAUGACAGUAAAAAGUUUUGUACAAACGAAACACAAGUCAAGAGGAGCUUGCAGAUCAACCCAUAUAUCCCAAACCCAAAUCCGUGUUUUGAGUUCGGACUCUCGGCUGUUCUGGGAAUCGCGUUCGGAGGAUUUCUGAUUGGAGUUCUCCUCACCGGCGCUUUAUGGUUUAUUAAGAUACGAACAGGGCAUCCUGUGGCUCUGGGAAUGAGAUCAACGGCGGCCGAGCUCUCAGUCCUCUCUAUAUCCGGAUGCCCGUGUGGUUUGACCAAACGGCAGCCAGUGCCCACCCACCCAUCUCCCUCCGAGAACAGCAGCGCCAAUGCCAGCAUUGGAAGCACCCAGAGCACGCCCACCAGCAGCAUGGCAUAACGCCGUCGCCAUGCGUCCCUCCGCUCCUAACGCUCUCUCCCUCUUGAAGCCAUCUCGCUCCACGUGUCCCAUCGUCCUGAGCGAGAUAAAAAGAGAGGCAGUAGCAAUCCUGAAACGUUCCCUGUACCUCACAAUACUCCAUUCGCUUUCCCGGCUACGGGAAGUCAGUGGGGACGAAGAACAAAAAAAGAAAAAGCUUGGCUCCCAGAGACAGGAAAAACAACGCAUAACCCCCAGGAACUAACAGGAAAUUCGUCGCAUUCUUGCGCCGGUGCCUCUCUGAUGGAGGCGAACUAAGAUUUCACAGACAAACAGCGGUCUGACGCAUCAGUUCGCUUUCAGACGCGUCUAAAUGUGGCUCAAAGAGGCGACUGAACAAACAUCAGACCGCCCCAUAUCCAAACACUCGGCUGUGGACUGACCUGAUGAAAUAUUCCAACAAAUCAAACUAUUGGACAUGAACAUAAAAAGGAAGCCCUUUUUUAGUUUUAGAGUUCUUAACGAAAAGGUUGUCUCACAUGAGACAGAUUGGGAAAUGGCUACCUCGGAGUCUCUGUGGAUGUAGAUUUGUUUAAUAUUUGUUUGACCAUAAUUAAACAGUUGCUGAAUCUCAUGAAAUCUGCCAAAACGUGUCCUAUUUAACCCCCAAAUCAAUAGAAAUACAGAAGCAGUACCUUUUUUGGCAAUGAGACGUUAUCUCAUACUUAUUACUGAUAUGUUAAAAAAAAGAAAGGUAUAUGUAUAUAUAUAUAUAUAUAUAUAUAUAUAUAUAUAUAUAUAUGUAUGUAUGUAUGUAUGUAUGUAUAUGUGUAUAUGUGUGAGCUCAGAUGCAAAAGCCUCUAAGUGCCAUCUGAAAUUUUCUUCUAAAAUGAGCAUUUUUAUCAGGCUCUUAUAUUUAUGUUCAGUUAUUUCACUUUAAUUGCAAAGAAAAUGACCUAUGCAUUACCAUUAUAGUAAAAUGACUGAACCUAAGCAUAGGAGCCUGAUAAAAAUGCUUAUUUUAGAUUAACGUUUUACACUGCACCUAGAGGCUUUUGCAUCUGAACUCUUCAUAUAAAUAACUUUUGUCUUUGAUUAUGGAGUGAAAUAUGAUCCAAAGUGUUUUCAUGAGAUUCAUAUGGAUGUAUUUUAUUUUUUUCAUUCAAAUACUUUUAUUUUAUUUUUUUUAUUUUGUAACUUUGUCUUCAUUGAGUGACAAAAUAUAUUUUAUUAAUUACUUUAGUAAUUAAGUAACUUUAAAGAUGUUUUUUGUGUGUUCAUGACUAUAAUAUGUAGAUGCUUUAAGCAGUGAAAUCAGUAUAAAGUAGAUUCAUAACUUAAGAUGUUGAAGUUUUCAUAAAUUGAGAACUCGCCUUUUCCCCCAAUGAUUUUAAAUAUUGCAAGUCAAACAAAAACAUAUCCAGUGAAAAUGAGCCCAACAGAACGAAAACCUCUAGUGAUUAGCUUAAUUUACAACAUUAUACUGUAUAUUACACAUUUCAUGUGUAUUCAUUCAUGUAUUUGUUUAUAUGACAAAAGAGUAAGACAAUAUAUAUAAAGCGGCUAGUUAAAAAAAAUCAUUCGUUGUCAACCCUCAUAUCUUUCCAAGCUUGUAUGACUUUCUUUUAUUUGUGGAUCACAAAAGGAGAUGUUUAGCACAAUGUUCACGCUGCUCUUUUUUCAUACAGUGAAAGCGGACAAUGACCAGGAGCUGUCAAGCUUCAAAGAGGACCAAAACACCAUACAAGUAUUAAUUAUAAACACAUCCCAAGUCUUCUGAAGCCAUGUUUUGAGAAACGAGCCAAAUUUAAAUCCUUUUUAAGUCAGAGAGGUUUAAAAAAUUGGGGUGUAUUGCUGAAGUGUAUAUGAAGUGUACUGCUGUGAACUGUUCCUUUAACAUCAGGUGGAUGUGAAAAGCAGGAAAAUGCCAUUUGAGCAUUUGUGCAAUAUCUGUGGUAUUACUUUAUGUUCAUAUAAUUGUUUGUGUCUGUAUGUUAUUUUUUUAUACUGGAUUUAUAUAUUAACUCAGCAUUUGUACUAUUUCUUCUGUUCUACCCAUUCUGAAGAAUCAUUUUAUUCCAGUUGGACAUACUUUAAAUUAAAUCAUGAAAACAUUGA